AGAUGUAGAUUCUAGAGUCGCCUGGAUUAUUGAAGACCUAAAAAGUUGGGCUUUUCUUAACUACAUUCGCAAGGUUAAAUUCCAGCAAGACCUAGCAGCUGCAAGCGACUUCCCCAUGCUUCUAGGUGCCUCUGGCACAAAGACACGUAGAGAGCAACGGGACGCAUCAGAAAACCCCACGAAAAAGCACCACGAGGCAUAAUAAAUUGAUGCCACCUCAGUCCACUGAAACACGUGUCCUCACAUCCUCCUUACUCGCUUUUCUACUCCACCUUGUUCUUCUUUUGAUCUCUCUUCAAAGCGUCUCCUCUGCUAAUCCAUCGAACAAAGAAACCAGACAACUUAACCCAACAAAAAUUUGAAGCAAAGAUGCAAUCUAGACUGGCAACAACGGCAUCAAGGUCGUAUUUGGCCCUGUAUGCAGCCCAAGAUCAGACUCUUUUCCGCAGAAUUGCCUGGGGAGCAGCCAUUAAGGGAAGAACAGCUGACCCUACAAUUCACUCUGGAGAAGUAGAAACUGGACCUGAUGUUCAUAGGGGUGAACCUCAAGGUAUAGAAAAUUCAUCAGAUGAUCAUAUGCUUCAUGAGUUCCGAACAGAAACAGAACACAAACCCGGUUAUGGAACGGAACCAUUAAUGCAACCCAAUAUGCCACAUGACUCUUCUCCAAGGCUCAAGAGUUCCCCAGUGAACCAUCCUUUGGAACCCAACGUUCAACAAAGGCGUAGCCUUAGUGCUGCAGCCCUGGAAGGCGUGAGCUGUGCUGGGCUUGACGGUACGCCCUGGCCAGAAAGCAAAGAAAACGAGCAAAGCGACGAGAGAGAGAAAGAAUUGGAUAACAAGGAAUACUACAGUCACCACAAGGCGUCCCCGUUGUCAGAGAUUAAGGUGGCAGAUACAAGAAACCCAAUCACGAGAGCCACCGACGGGACCGUAACAGAAGUAGUGCAAAAUAGAAGAGAUGUGAUUGGGUGGCGGCCGGAGCAGCUUGACACGGCUGAAGAGGCGCUUUUGAGGGCUACGAAGAUUUGGAAGGAGAAUGCGAUGCGUGGGAUACCCGAGGCUCCGCAUUCUAGGAUUUUGAGAGAGCUGCGUGGUGAGUGGUUCUGACAUGAUGAAAGAUUGAUUGCAAUCGCGAUCAGAGCGACCCUUGUAAUAUUACCAAAAGGGAAAAAUCAAUGUAACCUUUGAUUUCAGAAGUAUAUAUAAGGCAAAUAAAUGGAGCUAA